UUAAUUCUGCAAGUAGUUCUGAUUUACUAUCGUUGUUCUCUAACUGGUCUAAAACCGCUUUUGACCUAAAGGGACACUUUUUGGACGCCAUAGACUUUUCUAAGUUUCCAGGCAGAAAGAACAGUCAAAAUGCAGGCAGGGCACAGGACAAAGCACUAGGGACAAAAUGUAUGUGAAAUGGUUUGAAACAAAAAUGACAGUUUCUAAAAUUGUUAAAUUUGCCUCCAGUUCUGGCCCCCGUACGUCCCGACGCUCACAGGGUCCGGAACACGGAAGCCAGAUGCCGGCAUCGGCCAGAGGAGAUGGCCGGGGACGCUGCAGGGGACGC